UAGUGUUUCACAUUAUCAGUCGUUGGUACGCUCGGAUUUUAUCAGUUGAAAAUAAAAAUUUAUCGCAUCUGAUCUUUUGUCACAGAAUAUAAUUACUGACUUGAGUAUUCUGAGAUAAUAUUGAUAAUAUAAGAUUUUUUUAUAUUUAUUUUGCUCUUUAAAGAGCGAGAGUUAAGGCGCAAUUUGCAGUAAGUCUAAUAAAAGCCUUGAAUUUAUUUAUACUAAAUAUUCAUUAAAUAGUUGCCGUAUUACCAGUUUUUUUCAGGGUAUUACUUAUAAAAAAAAAAUAACUACAAUUAUAAUAAUUGGAGAAAUCGACAAAAAUGGCAAGUCUUCCUCCAACUUACGUCGAGGGUUUCCAUGAUCUAGAGGCUGUAAAAUCGAUGAAAUAUUUACCGUUAGGAAAAACUGGUCUGAUGGUCAGUAAAUUAUCUUUUGGCGGAGGCCCUCUUGGAUGUCAUUUUGGAACAUAUGAUGAAGACGAAGCUAUUGAAACAAUUCGACAGGCAAUUCGUCAAGGAAUUAAUUAUAUUGAUACGGGUUAUUGGUACGGUCAAGGACACUCUGAAAUAACGAUCGGAAAAGCUUUAAAAGGAAUUCCGCGAAAAGCUUACUACAUUGCAACAAAAAUAGGAAGAUAUGAGUUAGACUAUCAAAAUAUGUUUGACUUUUCUAUUGAAAAAACACGAGAGUCCUUAAAAAAUAGCCUUGAACGUCUUCAAGUGGAUUACGUUGAUGUGAUACAAGUCCAUGAUAUUGAAUUUGCGCCUUCAUUGGACAUGAUCAUAACGCAAACUCUGCCUGAACUGUCAAGACAAGUAGCUUCAGGAAAAGCCCGACAUAUUGGAGUUACGGGGUACCCUAUAUCUGUUUUGAAGGAGUGUAUAUCCAAAAGUAAUAUUAGUAUUGGAUGUAUACUAACUUAUACAAGAUACACUCUUAUCGACCAAACAUUACUGGAGUAUAUUCCAUUUUUUAAGGAACAUAACAUCGGAAUAAUUAACGCUGCCGCAGUGAGCAUGCGGCUCCUGACUAAUCAAAGCCCACCAGAAUGGCAUCCAGCAGAUGAUCAAAUUAAGAAAACAUGCCGCGAAGCUGCUGAAUAUUGUAAAAAAAGCGGUUCAGAUCUCGCACGAUUAGCCAUUUGGUUUUCAAUGCAGUGUGAUGGUGUUGCUACUAAUCUUAUCGGAAUACAAAACAUGGAACAAUUGAAAGCUAAUAUUGACAUUGCUAAUAAUGGUAUCAGUGAUAAAGAACUACAAUUACUAGACAAUCUACAGAAAAAUUUUUUUUCGAAGAUCAAAGGAUCACACUGGGAAGGAAAAGAAAUCAAAGCUUACUGGGCAGCUUUAGAUAAAUUGAAAAAAUAAAAAUCAAUUAUCUUAUAUUUUAUUACUUAAUUUAUCUUUUAAGUAGAAUUCCAAAGAAUUUAUGAUUGAAAUAAAUCGUUUUUAGUCAAAUUGAUAAUUUAAA